AUGGAGAUUUUUGAUGAUCUUCAUCGUGAUGUUGUUAACAACAUUCAAGAAGUUUUAGAAUCCAUAAAUGCGUUGGUUCGUGGUUUUAAGUCUUCGCGUGAUGUUCUUCAAAGGGGACAAAACAUGGGACUUCGUAUCUCUGGUGAGGUUCCUUUUGGUGAACAUCCCCAUCGAUAUAAUCGCCAAGUAGUUCCAGAAGUUGCUGCUGUUGUUCUUGACAAACAAUAUAUGAAUUUUGGUAGAGAUAUUAUUCUUCACCAACGUGGUGGAGAUUUAAUACGAAUAAAAGAAAUUUAUCCAGCUUACGAUGCUUUAUCCUAUCCUUUGUUGUUUCCUGAUGGACGAUGUGGGUGGUCACCAACUUUUAAAGCAGAUACUAGAGUGACUUUAAAGUCAUAUGUCCAAUAUUUGCUUCAAAAGCGCCCAGAAUCUAAUGUAUUACAUAAGGCUGGUAGAUUAUUCCAGCAAUAUGUAGUGGAUCAGUAUUUACAUAUAGAACAUGAAAAUUUGCUUUUCAUUAGGCAACAUCAAACUGAACUUUGUGCAGAGUGCUAUCAGGGGGUCGUAGUUGCUUUGCAGGAAGACAAUGGAGCACGCAUUGGGCGUCGCAUUGUCUUACCUGCAACAUUCAUUGGUUCCCCCAGAUACAUGCAAAAACUCUUUCAUGAUAGUAUGGUUUUGGUUAGAGUUUUAGGAAAACCCGAUUUGUUUGUGACAAUGACAUGUAAUCCGACCUGGCCUGAGAUUCUUGAUGAGUUUGAGCCAGGUCAAAGUCCUCUUGAUCGUCCAGAUAUUGUUGUGCAUGUUUUCGAGCUCAAGUUAAGAGCAUUGAUGGAUGAGAUUACGAAGAAGAAUGUCAUGGGAGAGACAAUUGCUUUUUGUUACACUAUUGAGUUUCAAAAACGUGGUCUUCCUCAUGCACACAUUCUUCUUUGGUUGAAAGACAAGGUCAAUGACUGUGACUUUGUAGAUAGGAUAGUAUGUGCGGAGAUUCCCGAUUUAGAUAGACAACCACAAUUGUAUGCCGCGGUUGCCAAGCACAUGAUGCAUGGACCAUGUGGUUUGGACAAUCCCAAUUGUCCAUGCAUGGAAGACGAUAGAUGUACAAAGAACUAUCCGAUGCAAGCUCGAGAUACUACCGAGGUGGAUGGUGACGGACAUGUUUUGUACCGUCAUCGAAAUCAAGGUCGAUAUAUCGAGAAACGUGUAUGUAGACAAAUUUUCCGUUUAGACAAUCGAUGGGUUGUGCCAUACAAUCCAUAUUUGAUAGGUCGAUUUAAUUGUCACAUUAAUGUGGAAAUUUGCAGUUCUAUAAAAACUGUCAAAUACCUCCACAAGUAUAUUUUUAAAGGUCCAGAUCGUGGUGUUGUAGAAACAGAUGAAGUGGUAGAUGAGAUUAAGGAUUUCUUGGAGGGUCGUUAUGUGGCCGCCCAAGAAGCAUGUUGGAGGCUCUUUGGUUUUGAAACUAAUAAUAAGAGCCAUAGUAUUUGUCGUUUUCCUGUUCACCUUCCCGGUCAGCAAUAUGUUACUUUUAAAGAAGGAACAUCUUUGCACUCGGUGAUUGAUCAAAAUGCUGAGACUAAACUCACCAAGUUUUUUGAGCUUAAUUGCCAUAUUCGUGCCUUAAUUGCUUCUGGCAAUCAAGGCAAUCAUAUGCUUCUUCGUUACAUGGAUCUUUCACUCUAUUACAAGUGGGAUGUGAAGAAUAACAUGUGGGAAAGAAGAGUACGUAAGAUAAAAGUUUUUGGUCGGAUAAACAUGGUUCCCAUAGGUACCGAAGUAUUUUACUUGCGUUUGUUGUUGACUCAUGUCGAGGCACCAACUUCAUUUGAGGACCUACUUUGUUUUCAUGAUAUAGUGCAUCCAAAGUACAAGGCCGCUUGUAUUGCAAGAGGACUUUUACAAGAUGAUUCUGAAUGGGAAAAUUGUCUGCAAGAGGCAACUGUCAUUGCGUUGCCUAAACAAGUUCGGCGGUUGUUUGCAACACUUCUUGUGUUUGGACAACCGCUAGAUCCUCUUAGCUUACUAAAGACACAUCUUGAUGCUAUGUCUGAUGAUUGGCGCAAUGAUCAAAAUCGCUAUUACAAAGCAAUUUUGUCCAUUGAAGAAUAUUUGUCAUCAUCAGACAAACAUCUUACAGAUUUUUUUAAUAUCGAAGAAUUGAAUGAGUUUGGUUAUUCAAACAUUGUUGAUGUUGGCGGUGAUUCCAAUGACAAUAUUGAUUUUGAUAACCAAAACAUUACUUUUCUAGAGGAGGAUGUAGGUAGGCUCAACGAAGAACAAUACAUUGUUUUUAAUGCGGUGACCACUGCCGUUUUAAAUUCUGAUUCUCCAGAUCGACUUUUCUUUUUAGAUGGUCCUGGUGGUACAGGUAAGACCUUUUUGUAUAAUACCAUAUUGGGUUAUCUUUGUGGUCGUAAUGUCAAGUGUAUGGCAAUGGCAACAAGUGGAAUUGCCGCACGCCUUUUGAAUGAAGGGCGAACGGCACAUUCAGCUCUUGCUAUUCCUUUACAGUUGCACGAUGCAUCAAUUUGUAACAUUAGUGCCCAGUCUACAUUAGGUCAAAGCUUACGUGAAGUACAAUUGAUUGUACUUGAUGAAGCUUGUGUUGGGCAUCGUUUUAUGUUUGAAGCUAUAGACGGAUCAUUGCGAGAUAUACGCAAUAUAGAUAGUCCAAAUGGUGGUGUUGUAGUAUUAUAUGGCGGUGAUUUUUGCCAAACUUUGCCUGUAGUUGUACGUGGAGGUCGCAAGCAAAUUGUUCAAGCUUGCUUGCGACAUUCAUACCUAUUUCCACUAAUGCAACAUUUUCAUUUGACCACUAACAUGCGUUUGCAAAGUCAACCGGACUUUCAACGAUUUUUGUUAGAUAUUGGUGAGGGCAAAACCGGUCCAAAGGUAGAUUUACCGCUAGGAUUAGUUGCUCCUGGAAAUUCUUUAGAUGGUCUCAUUGAUGCUAUUUUUGAUGAUCUGGUUGAUUUUUUUGAGCGCGUCAUUUUGGCUGUCCGGAAUGAUGAUGCCCAAGAAAUCAACCGAAAAAUCACCGAUCGUAUACCUGGUGAUGUGCAACAAUGUUUUAGUGCUGAUUUUGUUCACGAGAAUGAUGAACAUGCCCAUCAUUACCCAGUAGAGUUUUUGAAUUCUUUACAAUUGAGCGGUUUGCCUCCUCACCAAUUAAGUCUUAAAUGUGGCCAAUAUUUGAUGUUGCUAAGGAACUUGAAUCCGGCAAAAGGUUUGUGCAAUGGUAGUCAUUUGCAUCUUUUGCAAGUGUCUUCCAGUAUGUUGUUAUGUGAAAUUGUAGAAGGACGCUAUCGUAGCCAAGAGGUAUUGAUUCCUAGAAUCACACAUCAUUGCAACGAUAGCCGCUUGCCAUUCACACUUUGCCGGAGACAAUUUCCUGUCACUGGUGCUUUUGCCAUGACAAUCAACAAAUCGCAGGGCCAAUCAUAUGAUCGAGUUGGCAUUUAUCUUCGCAAUGAAGUAUUUAGCCAUGGUCAAUUAUAUGUGGCAUUGUCUCGUGGUAGACAUCCUGCAAACAUUAAGGUUGCCAAUGACAACAAUGAAGCCGUGGGAAUGGUUAAAAACAUUGUUUAUCAUGAGUCGCCGUCAAGUCCAGAAUACCACAAUGAACCCAGCAGUCGGCUCGGAAACGGGCUACAACAGGUGGUAGCCCUAACUAUGACCGGCUGA